CCUUUUUUCGCGCUCUCGCACCACCACUCUUUCCUCGUCGCAAUGCCUCUCGAAACCGGUCUUCAAGGCGCCCAUGUCCUCAUUACGGGAGGUACGCGAGGCAUGGGCCAAGCCAUGGUGCGCCAAUUCCUCCAGGAAGGCGCGAAUGUCUCCUACUGCGCCCGCACCGUCACCAACACCGAGUUCAACGACGUCCACCAAACCCUCCCGGAGAGCAACUCUGCCCGCGCAGUGGGGACCGCGUUCGAUGUCUCCUCCAAGGAAGCGAUCGUAAACUGGGUGAACAGCUCCGCCGAACGCGUGGGACGGAUCGAUGUCAUUAUCGCCAACGCAUCGCCCAUGCACAUGGAAGGCGAGACUGCGCACUGGGAGAGCAGCUUCGCGAUCGACGUGAUGGGCUUCGUGGAGCUGGUGAAGGCGGCCGAGCCCUACCUGGAGAAAUCCCCGCAGGCCUCCAUCAUCGUGCAGAGCUCGUUCAUGGGCCGUGAGUUCUACCGCAGUCCGCCCGCGGCCUACGGGCCCUGCAAGGCCGCCCAGCUGCAGCAUGUGCAGGAGCUGUCGCACUACCUGGGCCCCAAGGGCAUCCGGGUCAACGCCAUCUCGCCGGGCCCCGUGCUCUGCGAGGGCGGGCCCUGGGAGCUGUACUCGAAGACCAUGCCGGAGUGGGUGGAGGAGCAGCGAUUGAAGAUCCCACUGAAGCGGCUGGGAGGCCCGCAGGAGAUCGCAAAUGUGGCGGUGUUUUUGGCAAGUCCGUUGGCCAGCUUUGUCACGGGUACGAAUGUAUUGGUAGAUGGUGGGAUUCAUGUGGGCACCCAGUUUUAA